AUGUUUGACAACAGACGGAACUCUCAGAAGCCUGACGACGGUCUGAUUAAUAAGUUCCGGGCAACUUUUCCUGAUGUCGUCCGGUCUACCAAAUACGAUACCUCUAGCUCUGGUCUUCGCUUCACGCCGUUGUUCGGCGACCAAUCUGGUCUCCGAUUCACGCCAUUUCUUGAUUAUCAUACAAUUCCUGCCCCAGAUCCACAUAACCCUCGUCAGUAUCACGAUACUGGCAGUCUGAACACAGUCUUCCAUGAGCCGGCCGGGGACUUGCAUACACCACAACCGGAGCCAAACUUGAUGACACCAAGAACGCUUCUUGAGCAAUUCGCCGUCACUCCUCUACAUAGAAAUAAUAUCGACCCAUUCCAGGAUAAUUCGAAAAUGCAAUACUCUGCACACGAGCCCCAAACUAUAGCUCCCAGCAUUCUGAACGUUUCAUGUCAACCUACCGCAUUCGUUCACUCCCACUUAGCUGAUGAUGCUGUCAACGGGUCAAGCAAAGCAGUCUUUCUGGCUGACGACGCCAAUCCUCAGAACUUGAGCCCCCACCAGCUUCUUACCUCCCAAGACAGCGACUCACCAGAAAGGGAAUACCGAAGCCACGGCGAUAACCAGUUUCGGUAUCAAGUGACACUGAAUACACCGACAGCCAUGAUGAAAGAUCCAAGACACCCACCUACAACUUAUCUCAACAAAGCUCAAACGUACUCUCUAUCAAUUGUUGAUACGGCGCAGCCGGUGACGAACGAAGCUGCUUUGUAUCGUACCUGGAUCCGCGUUACAUUCGAGGAUGAUGAACAGGCUUCAAAUCCUGCCGCUGCCUGGGCUCUGUGGAGAAACGCUCGGAGACAUGAGGCUUAUCGGAAAGAGAGAAACAUAAAUGCUAUUGAGUUUGUUGAUUUAUCCCAAGAGAAUGAAGGCCAAACGUGUCACAUCCAGCUAGAAAGAAUCUCUCUAGACGGAUUUUGUGUCACCUGGCUCUCAGACCCGACUACGGGGAACCAACACUGCUCAAUGGGGGUCCGCUUUCACUUUUUAUCAACCGAUUUUAGCCACGCAAAAGGAGUGAAAGGAGCUCCUAUUAAGCUUUGUGCUAAAACUGAAAGUCUUACCUCAACUAGGGGCGAGAUAAGUUAUUGCAAAGUGAAACUUUUCCGCGAACACGGGGCUGAACGGAAAAUGUUCAAUGACGUUUCUCAGCUGAAGCGAGCCAUUGAGAGAUGCAGGCAAGAUCUCAUCAAAGCCGAAAAUGGAUGUGAGAAUCUCGGAAAGCGAAAACGGGGAAGACACACAGUCAUUUACAAGAGGAACAAAAAGCUUGAAGACGAGCGGAAGAAUGAGCUGCAAAGAAACCUGAACAAUGAAUUGGCCGUCAUGCAAAAACUAGUCCAUUCGAAUCGACCUGUUACCUACUUCUGUCUUCGCGGUAGUUUGAAAGAUGACCCUGGUUUGUUCCCGGUUACCAUGGAAGAUGACGAGACGCGAAGGAUUGACCGAGUGGACCACUCGACGCUGCAACCCUUGACUCCACCCUCAAAAUUAGGCAGUGUGUCGAGUAACUUCUCCGUUAGUUCCACGGAACACUGCUCACCUAGUCUGCGCCAAUACCGAGACAAGUCAAAGUUGGAUCAGUCCCCACAAGCCUUGUGGGCAACUAUGAAUACGAAGGCCAAAGCACCAGUUGCAUGUUUCUACCUCUGCUUUCAGAAACAGAGCGCACAUCGAGAUAAUUACUACACAGCGGUGUAUUUAACAGAGCGUACUGCGAAGGAACUACAGGUGAAAAUCUCCCACAAGAAACGCUUUAACCAGGUUCAUAGAUUACACCUAUUCCAAUUCCAAAAUGGGAUGAAAACCACUAUAGAUGAUGAUUUUGUUCAGCGGAUCCCAGAUGGACAGGAUAUGAUUGCUGAAAUAUCAGAUAUCCCGACCACCAUGGUUACCGGUGGCUCAACCGUUGAGCCGACCUACGAGAUUCAGUUCAAAGGGUGGUUCCAGCCAUAA